CCUAUUAUUACCAUCACCACAUCUCUCAACUCAACUCAUAACACAUACUACACAUCCAUUUCUCCUUCUCAUUCUUCUUUGGGAACAUUAUCAAACACCUUUGUCUCAUCUCUCUCCCUGCAACUCGCACCCAGUAGUGGUCUCUUAGCAGGCCUCUGUUGGAUGCUGUGUUGCUAAUCUCUUUAAUUUUGUUCAAGGUCAAGCAGAUUCUUUGCUUUGUAACUCUUUUGAUCAGUUGUUGAGAUGUCAUCUCUUAGCAAGAGCUUUCGUUUAUCUUCAUCUCUCAAUGAAGAGUUCAUGGUUAGCAAGAAAAAGGGCAUAGUGUCAAUUCUUGGCUCUGAAUGCGAGAGAAGCAAAUCUGCAGCUUCUCUGAGGAGAACUCUCUCAGCUGAUAUGUCCUCCAAGAAAUGGCUCUCUCAACAUGGGUUCUCUCCCCUGAAAAAAAUUGCAUCAUCUGAAGAAUUCCCAGUUUCCAUGGCAGACUCUUCAUCAUCAGAAGGUGAAGAAGAGUAUGACAAUGGAACAAGGGAGAAAGAGACUGAGCCUCGAGGACAAUUUGAGAUUUGGAGUUCAAUUCAACAAGAAAAGCAGAAGCAGAGCAGCAAGGAAGAGCUUGAAAAGCCUGGACAGUUUGAUAUAUGGAGCUCAAUCCUAUCCCAGAAAGCAAAAGAUGACAACAAAAGUCUUCCACCUCCUUAUAUUCACCCUCUUGUUAAAAGAUCAGCAAGCGGUUUGAGUGAGAAAAGCCUUGAAAUCUGUACUGAAAGUCUCGGAUCCGAGACUGGCUCUGAUGGGUUCUCUUCAUAUCCUCCUUCAGAGACUGGUGAUGCAGAGGAGGAGAAAGAAGAAGAACAAGAAGAGAAUAGGGUGGUGGUGGCUCAAAAAUACGAGGAUAUUGAUGAUUGGAGAGUAUCUAAGUACAAUCUUGCAGCAACUAGCAAGAAAUUGCCGCAGAAAUCAUUCCCUCCACCGCUUCCUUCACUAUCCAGGCGGGAUGGCGCGUCACUGCACAUGAGGACUCGGCGUGAUAAUGGCCGAUUAGUUCUUGAAGCUGUCUCUGUUCCUUCACAGAACAACUUCAGAGCUGAACGCCAGCACGAUCGCCUUGUGCUCACUUUUAUCAAUAAUCCUAAUGAAGAAGAAGAACCAAAGACUGAAGAGGAGAAAGAUAUGGAACUUUUUGAAGUGGAAAUUGAGAAUUCUGCAGAUGAACAAAUCCAUGAAGGAGAUGAAGAGGAUGACGAGGAGGAGGAGGAGGGAAUGGAAGCUGAAGCAGAAAUAGAGGAAGAGGAAGAGUUGGAAAAAAUAGUGAAUGAAAGAGGAAGAGGAGGAGGUGGUGGUGGCAGUGGAGAAAUGAAGUUUGUGAUGGAGCAAGCACCAAAAUUUUCUAGUGGUGUUAUAAAUGUCCAUAGGUUAGCACUAAUGAUGAAUAAGCCCAUGGCUUUAGCUAAUAGGGAUCCAACAUGGCCUAACAAGUUCAAUGAAAUGGCCAAAUUUGAAGAGGGUAGUGUUGAGGAGGCAAUGAACCCAAUUACUCCAUUGACACAGUCACUCCCGCCACGGCCUCCGGUGUCUCGGAUGAUCCCCAUGCCGGCAGGGGCAGCAGCUGCCGUGACGGCAAAAGCAGCAGCAUCCUUUAAUGCUUACGAGUACUACUGGAAGCCCAAGCCCAUGACAGCCACCACCAAAGCAGCAGCAGCAGCAGCAGGAUGUCUAAGUCCCAUGGCUCCAAACCCACAAUCAAUAAGAAGCAAAGACAACAAUUCAAAGAAGAUAAUAUCAAAUGAGAAGAAGCAAGAUUUGGUAGUAUUGAGAGGGAACAAAGGGGAAUACUUAGUUCCUUUAUCAAAGGGUUGCAAGGAGGCAAGGAGAUCUCUUUUGUUUUGGGAGCCAUACUGCAUUGCCACAUCUUGAAUUCUUAAUCCAUCAUUGUUUUGAUAUGAAAAGAAAAGAAAAGAAAAGAAAAAGAAAACCAUCCCCCUUCCUUUUGUCUCCCUAUUUUCCAUUUCCACUCCAUAGAGGGUGGAUUUGUGUAGUCAAAUAAAAACAAAAAGGGAGAAAUAGAUUAUACGCUUUGAUUUAGCAGAUCAAAGAUGAUUUAUCAA